AUGGCAUCCUCAGGCCUGCCGUCCGCAGGCCUGCCGUCCGCAGGCCUGCCGUCCGCAGGCCUGCCGUCCUCAGGCCUGCCAUCCUCAGGCCUGCCAUCCUCAGACCUGCCAUCCUCAGACCUGGCAAGCUUGUGCUCUCUCAUCAACACAAAGAUUUCCACUGUUGCAAGGACCCUUCAAUUAAGAAGGAUAGCUGAAGAGCCUGUCCUGAAAUCUGUGUUCAGUAAAAUAGGCAAGGACCUGAUUAUCCUGCAUGGUCUCCUGAUUAAACUGGAAAUGGAAGUUUACCAUCAGGAAAAACUGAGGGAUAUGCUAAAAGACCUCCAGAAGUCUGCUGAGAAAGAUCUGCUGGAAGCACAGCACCUGUGUGAAAACAUUCCCCAGCCGCUUAAACGAACUCAGACAGGCACUGCUAUGCCAGCUGUGAAAAACAAAGAGCAAAGAAAAGCUGUCAACCCUAAGCAAGCAAAGAAGCCAACCAAAGAGACAAGGGUCACUAAAAAAGUGGGAUUGAUAACAGCAGAAGAAUUCAGAGGCAUUCCUGAGUAUAUGAGAGGUCGUAUCACCUAUGAGCAGAUUAACACCACUGUGGAUGAGAUCAACAAAGCUGUGGAGAGGAAGUGCAAGAUCCUGCAGCAGCCUUUGAAAUCCAUGAAUGCAGCAACCAGAAACCUUUACCACAGGUUCAAGGAAGAAGAAACAAAGGGCACCAAAGGUGUUUUUUUCAUUGUGGAGGCUGAUAUCAAGGAGUUCACCGAGCUGAAGAUGGACAAACGCUUCCACAUCAUCCUCAGCAUCCUGCGCCACUGCCGCAGGCUGAGAGAAGUCCACAGCUCCAAGCUCGUCCACUACAUCAUCUACUGA